AUGGAGGAAAUCACAGAGGGAGUCGCCACCGUCAACAUCGCCGGCGAUUCUCCGAAGAAGAACCGAAUCCAGGUCUCCAACACCAAAAAGCCCCUUUUUUUCUACGUCAAUCUCGCCAAGAGGUACAUGCAGCAGAACAAUGAGGUGGAGCUUUCUGCCCUGGGAAUGGCAAUUUCCACUGUCGUGAGUGUUGCUGAGAUCUUAAAGAAUAAUGGAUUUGCAGUGGAAAAGA